UAUUCUUAAUGAAUAUGUAGCCAUGAAAACAAAAGCACGUACAAGAAGUGGAAUUGUAGAAAUGAAACGACAGAGAAUGCUUCAGCAAUCAGCUCCUCCAAAUUCAGGACUGUUAUCUAUAGCCCCUCAGCCAGGACCACAGUAUUCCUCUUCUGCUGCAUCUCCUCAAGUUAUCCACAAGCCAGCAAUAAAUCAGAGUAUAUCCCAGGCAAGACUGAAUACGUUGUUUGUUCACCAGCCACAGGCCCAAGAAAACAAGAUGAGCAGAGAUUUCAUACACAUUCAAGUUCCAGCAUCACAGGAACGAAAGCUUCAUUCAAAUUUGCUUUCUCCAGGAAGGAGAAAAAGCUCAGAAGGAAGAAAAAUAUUUGAUUUCGUGAACAUGACAAAUUUCCUGGAAUGUUUCAGUGAAUCUCAAAAGAGGAAAAGUAUUGCAGCGUCUGGACCUCCUGCAGCAAGUAGAAGUUCUCAAGAUCCUGAUGAAGUAAUAAUAGAAAAAGAAAGUGAGCCACUUGAGGAGUUUAUAGAUGGUAACUUCCCAGUGAGCAUAUACUUAUGGAAGCAAUUGAUUAUUGAAAACGCCAGAGAAAAGAUCCUCAGCAACAAAUCUCUUCAGGAAAAGCUAGCUGAGAACAUUAACAAAAUCCUGAGCAGUGAUGGCAAUGUCACUCAGGCGCCUAAACAGACAGAAAGUGGCCCAACAGAACAAGAGACUUCAAUUGAUGAAAUCCUUGGACUUCAGCUUUCUGAACCAGCACAAGGCUUCUUCCAAAGUCCGUGUUGCAAAAUGCUCCUGCCUUUCAAUUCCUGCCUCAAGCACUGCAUUGGGUUUUCACAGCCACUUCUACCUCCCAGCAUCCAACUUCCCAUCAUUCUGACACCUGGAGCUCCUCCGUUUGCUGCCUCUUCCUCUCAUCUGCUCAAUGCUGGUUUUGGUAGCUGCACUGGGAGGGAAUUCAGGAAUUCUCUGACGCCUGCGUGGAGGACCACAUAUAUCCAUACUGCAUCCCACGCUGGACCCCAUAUUCUAGCAGUUAGAUGAGCACUGAAGAAAGAUGCAGCCUGUGCAGAGCCCAUGCUAGAGCAUAUUGUAAAGCUGUUUGGACAUGGUCCUGGGCAGCCUGCCUGCAAUGGCACUGCUCAAGCAGAUGGGUUGGCCAAACUGACCUGCAGAGAUCCCUAUGAACCUCAACCUGUGAAGAGGAAGGAGCAGCAGAGAGAGGCUGCUAUGAGCAGACAUGACCACCCAUUUGCCAUCCCCACUGUGCUGCUUGGUGGGGAGGAGGCAGAAGAGCCACAAACGAAGGACUGAAGUUGAACCCAGGAAUAAGGAAGGGCGGGGGAAGAUGUUCUGGUUUUUGCUUCUUGCCAUCCUGCUCUAUUUUUUUAAUUGGCAAUAAAUGAAAUUAAUCAUAGAAUCAUUGCAAGGGACCCUUAA